AUGGAGGCAACACAGCUGAUCGAUGACUCAAUAUUGGAAGAGUCAGAGGAGGAGGAUGGAGAGAAGCGAGGAGAGCCACUGGCCAAACUCAUGGGUGUUAAAAAAUGAACACAUCCCAGAGACUGGUGAGUAGAGCCCUGUUAUGUCCCCAUCCUUUCUAUAAUCUUUUAACCUUUACAAAUAAGCCUAGACUUGUACAAUAUCUCGCAUUGCUGGCAUUUUGUUGCAUGCAUUGAUUUCCCUCUUACUUUGUUUCAUCAACACAAGAUUUGAGAUAUUCAGCUUCAUAUCCAAACUUGUUUGUCAAAGUAUUUCAUCAAAUAAUGUUGUCAUAUUCUGAAAUGUUUAUAUUUGCUGCUAAAAUCAGUAUUUUAUUGAUACUCCCCCCUCCCUCUGUCUCUCAGAGUUGCUUCUCUACCAGGGAGAGAAUGUGUUGGGUCGAAACCCAGACUCAUGCUCCCUGCCCCUCGUGGCCCGCUCCGUAUCCAAGCAACACACCGUCAUCUCCAUCUCAAUGUUUCGCGGCAACCGUCGUCAUGGCAACGUUGCCGCCAUGGAGACAGAGGCUUUAGUGUGGGACCUGGGGAGCAUGAACGGGACAAGGAAGGGCCGGACCAAACUGACCCCUCACGUCCGCUACGCUCUGACCGAGGGAGAGUGUGUGGUAAUAGCUGACAUUCCCUGCCAGUAUGUCUCUGUGGACAAGAGGGUGGGACAGGGGCACGUUUGGAACCCGACGAACGCAGACUCUGGAAGGGGAAGGAGGACAGUGCCAGACAGGAAGGCCCAGCUCAGAGGAAGCCCCAGUCCUAGGAACCAAGGUCUGGACGAGAGACUGGCACACCAAAGACUGAGAGACAGACUGAGGGUAGAGGAGUCAAUGGAGAGAUGGGGGCACCGACUGAGCUGGAUGGAAAGGGUAGAACUCCGGCCAAACCCCUGUCGCUUGAACAAACCCCCACACAGCCUGAGAGAACACUGGUGCCUGAAUCGGAGUCUGACUCCGAUGGAGAGCGAGAGGGACGGAGAGACAAACAGGGAAAGUUAUUUGGUAAAAGUAUGUUUAUUAUUUCCCUUGCUGUAAUCUGAAAACAUGGUGCUCUGAUCUUGCUUUGUUGCAGUAGUUUGUAAAUCUCUCUUUCUCUCCUUUCUCUCUACCUCUCUCUCUCUCUUUCGUUCUCUCUCUUUUUCUUUGUUAGUCUCUGAUUCUGAAUCCCACAUGUCCAGUCCCACCUGUUCUACAUUCCUCAGUCCUACAAACAAAGUCAUUCCAGAGAGGUAAAGUUCCCAUCCAUCCAUUAAUUUACACUUCAGUAACCUGAUAUCAACACUGAACACUUAAAUAUUGAAUUAUAUUUUAAACUAUAAAAAUAUAUUAUAAUACAGUGGGUGUUGUAUUCCGUUGUAUACAAAGUGAAGUCACCUUUCCUUGUAUGUCUAACAGUGAGGACGAGAGCCCCAUCACUCCCUCCUCCUCCGCUAAAAACAGACCCAAGAAAAUAGUGAGCUUCAGUGAGGAGGAGAGCGACAUGGAUGGACCGAGACAGCAGCACAGGAGAAGAGCACAAGUGAUAGUGGACGACAGCGAAGAAGAGGAGGAAGAGAAGGAGGGGAAGGAAGCCAAAGAGGCACUAGGAGAGAAGGAAACUGGGAAAAGGACAAGAGGAAAGGAGGAUGUGUCAGUAGAAGUGGUGAACCAGGUCAGUCAAGCUGAGAGAGCUGGAUUAACCCCCUCCGCACCAAUGGUGUCUACAGAGGACAAGUUUAACACGGACAGUGACACAGACGUAGAGGGAGAGGAGGAGAUGGGGCUGUCUGCACCUGUAAACGGUGUUAAGCCACCAGUCGCAACAGAACCUCCUACAGACUCUGACCCAGGCCAGCUCCACAUGGACAGUGAUACUGAUGUGGAGGAAGGGGAUACUAUGGGCAGUGACUCUAAGUUAAUGCUAACUGCUGCCGAUGUGGAGAGGAAACCAGUAGAUUCUAUCCCAGUGGUGCAGCCAACAGAUAUACACCUGGACAGUGACACAGACGUGGAUGAUGAUAAUGUUGUUGAUGUGUUGGAACAGUGCUACCAAGGUUACCUCCUCUGUAUCAGAUCCGGUCGAGAAACCAGCCGAUUCUGCCCCUGCAGUGCAGCACGUAGUAUUCCACGGAGACAGUGACACAGAUGUGGAAGAGGAGGACACUGACACACAUUCCAAAACAGUUCCAGAAUCAGAUGCUAGUGGGAUCAGAACAGGGACUGCUGGUCCCCAGGAGAUUAUUUUGGGCAGUGAUACUGAUGAAGAGGACAACCCUUUUGCCCCUCCGGCCAGCAGCAGAACAGCGGAGCUCCUUAAGCCACCCACCAGUGUAGGACCUGCAACUGCUGCUCCUCUGGAGAUCAGGUCUGACAGCGACACAGACUUAGAGGAAGACGCCACACAGACAAUGAACCCUACUCCUCCUAAUGUCGCUACGGUAACGGAAGACACGGCCGUGCUUCCAUCACACACAACAACGACAACGGGUGCUGUUACCACGACAAUCGCUCUCAGGUCUCAGGACUCUGAUGCUGAUACAGAUGCGGAGGAGGAGGGGUUGGAGCCCAAAACCCCCCGGUGUCAGCCCCCAGCAGGGAUGGUCCUGGAGUCGGACCCCAGUGAGCCCAGUGACUUCAGGAUGGACAGUGAUACGGAUGAGGAGGAGGAUGGACUAGGGGAGGCAGGCCAGGGACAGACUCCAGUUCGGACCAGAGAGGGGGCAGCUGGACCUGGGCUGCUCCCCCUGGGGGGCUCCCCUGGCCCUCAUCAGAAGUGCUCCACCCCUUUGGCAUCGUCAGUACAGGAGGAGAUGGCGACUCAGGCCUUCUUCAGUCCCUCAGACCCCUUCAGACGUGGAUUAGAUGGUUUGCAUCUUAAAUCACACCCUGAUUCCUAUGGAAUGUACUGCUUUUGACCAGGGUCCAUAGGGUAGUGCACUAAAUAGGGAAUAGGGUGCCAUUUGGGACACAGCUAUGGACUUUGACAAGAGAUUAUACAUUUCCAGUGGAAACUGUGAAUCUGCCGUGUUCAUUUGUAACCUGUCUCUCUUAUCUUUCCUCCUCAGACCCAGCUCUCCCUCUUGUGCUGAGGCCUACAGCAGCAUUGUCCUGCUCUGCAUCAGACAGCCAGGAGGACGAUGACUUUGUGGUGUCCGAGACCCAGUCGUUUGUGUUGGAGGGCCAGGACCAGGGCCAUCAGAGCAGCCUUCCAGUGGAACCCACCCUGGAUGCCACGCAGCCCUACAGUCUGGAGCCUUCCUUGGGGGAGGACCGGGGGGAGCAGCCCAGCCGAGGCUCCUUCCAGCUGGGUCUGUCAGACAGCAGCCACCUCCAGGCCAGGGACCAGACCUCAGAGAGCACCAAGGCAUUCAGCUUCCCAGAUGGGGAGUUGGAGGCCACCCAGGCGUAUGGUGCUGGAGCUGUGGUUCCCACUCCGUCCUCCAGGGCUUUUCUGGCCCAGACAGUAGCCACAGAGAGCACCCAGGCUUUCGGCUCCCCAGAUAGGGAUUCUGACCUGGAGGCCACCCAGGCCUAUGGAUCUGGAGGGGGGAGCGAGGAGCCUGGCCUUGGCCGGAGGUCUGCGGUGUUCGGGAGGAACAGGCAGGUAGACUUUGCCCUGGAGGCAACACAGGCUUAUGCUGCCCAGCCUCGCAGUGACAUAGAGGAGGAAGAUGAAGAGGGAGAGGAGACGCAGCCCUUGGAGUUCCCCACUACGUCUAAUGUUGCUACAGCUGAAACCCUGCCCAUGUCUGCCUGUGAGGAAGAGGAGGGUGAGGAGGAGAAAGAUUUGGUUGGGGCCAAGCCCUCCACCCCAGUAAGGAGAGGGAGAUCUGGAGGAGCGAGGGAGAGGGAGGAAGAGGAGCAGGAGACCCAGACUGGCGAGGUGCUGACCAAUCAAUACCUCUCCACUGCUCAAACUCGGGACAUGGUCCAAGAGAGUGAUGAUGAGGAAGAAACCAAACCAGACUCACCCAGAAGAAGAGGACAGUCCCAAAAACAGACAGUAGAAGAGGAGGAAACACAACCUAGUGAGUUCCUCACCAGCUCCCACAUCUCCACCGCUGAAACUCAGCCUAUGGGUACUUGUGACACUGAGGAAGAGAAGGAGGAGGACAACAAAGCUAAAGGACGGGUUCAGAGAGGAGCGGGGGAAAGAGUCGGAGGCUGCGACAAGCGGUGUCAGCAGUAGAGGUAGAAGAGGAGCUAGAGGAGGAGAGGAGGAAGAGGAGGAGAGCUCUGAGCCUCUGAAGACACAGACGACAGGGAAGGGGAAGGCUGUGAACACUACGAGAGGCGGAGGGAGGAGAGGGAAGGUGUUGCCUGAGGAAGAAGAGGAGGAGAAAGAAGCGGAGGUGGUUGAGCAAGGGAGGAGAGGAAGAGGAAGAAAGAGUGUGAAUCAACAGAAAGAGGGAGAAAAAGAAAGACUUGAGAUGGAACGGAGAGAGGAGGAAGAGGGAAUAGAGAAAGAAAGAGAAGAACGAACUGAGAAGGAAAGGUUGCGGAAGGAAAAGGUAGAAUCAGAAAGGGUUAUGAAGGAACAACAGGAGAGAGAAAGGAUGGAACGGGAUGAGAGAUUAGAGAGGGAGAGAGUAGAAACAGAAAGGAUGGAGAGAGAGAAAAGGGAACAGGAGGAAAGAGAGCGGCUUGAGAGGGAAAGGAAGGAACGAGAAGAGCAAGAAAGACUGGAGAGGGAGAGGAAAGAAAAAGAGAGGAAAAGACUGGAGAGGGAGGAAAAAGAAAAGCAAGAAAAAUUGGAGCGAGAAAGCAGGGAAAGAGAAGAGAAGGAGAGAAUAGAGGGAGAACAAGCAGAAAAGGACAGAUUGGAGAAAGAGCGUAAGGAGAUAUUGGAGAAGGAAAAAAUGGAAAGAGAAGAGAAGAAAAAACAGGAGAGAGAACGACUGAAGAUGGAAAAUAAAGAGAAGGAGCGAUUAGAAAUGAAGGAAAGAGACCUGAAAGAAAAACUGGAGAGGGAGAGACUGGAGAGAGAAACACAGGCAAAGAAAGACGAUGAAAAUGAGCCAAAAACAUCCACGAGAGGUCACAGAGCAACCACCAGGAGAACCAUCACGGUUCCACCUACAACGCAACCACAACCUGAACUUGACGUUCUGUCCAGCCAACCAGAACCAGUCCCAGCUAGUAUAACUAGGUCUCGCUCCAACUCUUCCAGCUCUGAGAGAUCCAUCUCCAGCAUGGGCACCCAGGGGAGCAGAGGGAGAGGGAGAGGGCGGGGGAGAAGGGGCACCACAGAGCUAGCCCCUGGCCCAGACAACUCCACCCGCAACAGCACCAGGAGAAGGACGGUGGCCGGGACAGUUGUGGCGCCCCCUGCUGCUGUGGAGGUCACAGUGCAGGACAUUCUCUCCAGUGAACAGUUUGUUGCCAGGAGAACCCGUUCUCGCUCCAGCUCCACCAACUCCCACAGCUCCCUCAACUCAGAGGUCCCCACCUGUAGUGUGGCUAGCGUGAGCACUCAGAUCAAAGGGAGGGGAGGAGGGAGAGGGAGGAAGACUGGGACAGAGUCUGUCCCUCCCAGUAACAGCCAGAGUGAGCAGCCUCCAGCCCCAAAGCCCACUGCCAGAGGCAGGAGAAGCCAGAAAGUAGAGGAUGAUGCUCCACACCCUGAGAUUAACAAGAAGGCUGAUUCUCAGGAGGCUGGUGGUACCACUAGAGGGCAGAAGAGAACAUCCAAAGCCAAUGAUCCAGAUCCUGAAGUAACAGGUGAAGAAACCACUCCAGCCCAGGUAACAGAGGACUCCUCCCCUCCUAGAGGGAAUGGAAGAGGCCGGGGCAGAGGAGGCCAGAAAGACAACACACCUGAAUCCACCAGUAGAACAGCAGGAGGGGACACUGGAAGUGAAGCAGGAGUGGAGUCUAAAACAGGUGGGAAAGGGAGGAAGAGGGAGCUGGAAGAGGAGAAGGAGGAGAGCAGUGGGUUCAAGGUUCCCCGGGGAAAAGCUAAGGUUCAGAGGGGAGGGAGACGGAGGGCAGCAGAGGAGGAAAAGGAGGAAGGAGAGAAAGAGGAGAAACCUGCAUCCACUCCAGCAAAGAGGGGUAGAGCCUCCACUGCACAGGUGGAGAAGAGUAUGGAAGGACGGGGUGAGAAGAUGGAAGAGGAAGAGACUGGUACUGUGCAGAGGAAAGUCCGAGGCAGGCAUUCGACGGUUCAGAUAAAGAAAGCAGAGGAAUCUGUUUUGGACUCUAAGUCUAUGGUAAUGUUCUCUCUUUCUCUCUAUCUGCUCCCUUCUAAUAGACAAGCCUUUGAAAAGCUAUGCACUCUAUUUACAUUUUAGUCAUUUAGCAGACGCUCUUAUCCAGAGCGACUUACAAUUAGUGAGUGCAUACAUUAUUAUUAUUAUUAUAAUAUUUUUUUAUACUGGCCCCCCGUGGGAAUCGAACCCACAACCCUGGCGUUGCAAACGCCAUGCUCUACCAACUGAGCUACAUCCAUCCAUACAGCCAUUUCUGUCCACACCCAGCUUCACUCUCUUCAUACACUGAGUCAGUCUUUUCCCACUAGAGAAAUGGAUUUCAAUUAACAUCAUUCAGUGACUCCCAAGCCAUCUCCUCUCUCUCUCUCUCUCUCUCUCUCUCUCUCUCUCUCUCUCUCUCUCUCUCUCUCUCUCUCUCUCUCAGCCAUGGGAGUACACUGACAUUUCUAUCUCACCAUUAGGAGUACGCUGGCCAUCUUUGCAUAACAGCCCUAGUAAUGAAUUAAGUGGUCCAAUGUGCAUAACAAUCAGUUUGUAUACACCCUGUAUUACUGACAGAUACUCUUUCUUUCUCUCUUCUGCCUCUCUUCCUCCUCUCUCUCUUCUUCCACCCCCUACCCCUCUCUGCUUCAGGUGCCCCAGACCCCUAAAGGUAACGGAAGAGGUAAGCGUAGCGCCACUGUGGACUCAUCUCCGCUAGCCAAGUCCCCUCGCUCCUCCUCUGCCUCUCCCCUGUCCUCCCUCUCCUCCCCUGGGACACUGUGCAGAGCUAGGGCCACCACGCAGUCCUACAAGGUAAGCUAAUGGACGUGUGUGUGUUUAGUGUCUGCGUGUGCGUGCGUUAGAGCGUUAAAUCUCUCUGAUGCGCAGUCGUGUAUGUGGGUUUUGAAAGCUCUGUGACGUAGGUAGAAAGCUCUGUGACGUAGGUAGUGAUAGGUCACAUGAGUGGACUGAAACCUCUGCUCCAUCCUUCCCUUCCUCUGCCUCUUACUCUCCAUCCCUCUCUCUCGCCUUCUCCCCUCUCAGGUGUUGUUUACAGGAGUGGGGGACGAGGAGGGGGGGAAGGUGGUGUCUCGUCUGGGGGGCAGCCUGGCGAAGGGCGUGGCCGACAUGACCCACCUGGUGACUGACAGGGUCCGACGCACCGUCAAGUUCCUGUGUGCUGUGGCCCGCGGCGUGCCCGUCGUCACCACCGAUUGGCUGGAUAAGGUUAGUCCUGCCCCCCCCCCCCCCACCAGGAAGUGAAGAUGUAUGACCUGAAGAUUGUAAAAAUAGAAUGCACAUCACUGUUCUGUGUAAUGGGGUGGUUGGAGUUCUUUCUGGAAGUGCUUUUGUACAAUUGGGGACAAUUUUGUACAAGAACAUCUGAGACAUUUUGCUUUUAGUAUAAUCACUAUCUGAUCAUGGUUGGAGUCAGAGCCUCGUUUUAUUCUCAAACCCUUCCCCUCUCUUUUCUCUUUCUCUCCGACACACCCUGCCUCUUUUCCCUCCCAACACCUCCUCUCUCCCCCUCCUCCCUCAGUGUGGUAAGCUGGGUCGUUUCCUACCGACUGACAGGUACCUGGUGAAGGACAGAGAGCAGGAGAACAAGUUCAGCUUCUGUCUGGAGGAAUCACUGAGGACCGCCAGCACCCAGCCUCUUCUACAGGUACACACACACACACUUUCUCUCCUCCUCUCCUCCCUCCAUCUGUCCAAGUCAUCCAUUUAUGUUUGUGUGUUAAUGUCCCAACUCUGUUUGUGGUGCGUGUGUGUGCGUGUGUGCGUGCUCCCCGCUGUGCUUGUAUCUUUGUGUUUCCCAAUUCUUGUUUAUUCAAAUAGGCAACACACACACAUGCACACACACACACACCCCUAGGAGAGCGCAGGCACUAGGCAAAUAAUGACUCACAGGAACCCAGGAAUGAUUCUGCACACAUACAUUCUCCUGAAUCAUUUAGACGGGUUUGUCACUGUGUGAACAAUCCACACUCCCCAAUGGGCUCCUUUUAUCUAUGACUACACACCAUAGACUGUUGAAAACACAAGACACACUAAAGCCAUGUCCUGAGAAUAUGAAUGAGUUUCUGUAUAAUCAAAUCAAAUGUUAUUUGUCACAUGCUUCAUAAACAACAGAUGUGGACUAACAGUGAAAUGCUCACGGGCCCUUCACAACAAAGUAGAGAGAAAGAAAAUAGAUAAAUAAUAGAAAAGUAAAACAUGUAAUAAUAAAAGUGAUAAUAGAUACACAAUGAGUAUACAAGGGGUACCAGUUACAGCCUUAUUCUAAAAUGGAUUAAAUUAUUUUUCCCUCUCAUCAAUCUACACACAAUACCCCAUAAUGACAAAGCGAAAACAGGUUUUUAGAAAUUUUUGCAAAUUUAUGAAAAAUAAAAACCAGAUCACAUGGUCUUUUGGAGAAGGCAGGGCAGGCAGGCUGCAUUAACUGUUAAUGUUGUGGUUAGGUUUAAUGGGCAGCUCUCCCAUUUAGCUCAGUUCUGACUGAGCAGCAAGCAGGCUAUUAUCUAUUAUCUUAGUCUUUUCUUUUUACUUCCUGUUUAUGAAACUGGCCUCUUAGCCCUCAUGAAGAAACUGAUUGUAAAUUAAAGGGGGGAAAAAAACUCAAAAUAAGAGCAUGCCCUCUCCUCUCUCAGGGUUAUGAGGUCCAUGUAACCAGGUCAGUGUUGCCAGAGCCGGCCCAGAUGAAGGACAUCAUCACCUGUAGCGGAGCUCGCUUCCUCUCCAAGAUGCCCUCCACUCAGAAGACCCAGGCCCAGACCGUAGUGAUAUCGUGUGGGGAGGACUGGUCUCUCUGUGCUCCUGCUCUCUCUGCUUCUCUCCCCGUCCUCAGUGCUGAGUUCCUGCUAACUGGUAUAUUACAACAGAGAGUGGACCUG